UACAACUUUGCAAUAUUUGUCCUAGUAGACUGAUGGAUGGAACUUGGAAGUUUCGUUCGUUCGUUGUAUCGAUUUUUUGAGUGAAGUGAACUAGUGUUCGUGUCCUUUAGUUUAGUGACGUUUGUUAGAAAAAUAUCUGUGAAUGGGAUUGUGUAACGAGAUAAAACGUUUAUUUGGUGUGUGAUUUUCUAUAAAGGAUGACGAAGGACAGGUUAGCGGCGCUUCAAGCGGCGCAAAGCGACGAUGAUGACGUCGGGCCUGACGAUGUCAACGUCCCCGUCGAAGGCGGCUUCAUGGACGAAUUCUUCAGUGAGGUGGAAGAGAUACGAGAAAUGAUAGACAAGAUCCAGGCUAACGUUGAAGAAGUAAAGAAGAAGCACAGUGCCAUUUUAUCAGCGCCGCAAUCAGAUGAAAAAACAAAGCACGAAUUAGAAGAUCUUAUGGCUGAUAUCAAGAAAACUGCCAACAAAGUCAGAGGAAAGUUAAAACACAUAGAGCAAAACAUCGAACAGGAAGAGCACUCCAACAAAUCGUCCGCCGAUCUCAGGAUAAGAAAGACCCAGCACUCGACCCUUUCGCGCAAGUUCGUGGAGGUGAUGACCGAGUACAACCGCACCCAGACCGACUACCGAGACCGGUGCAAAAACAGGAUACUCCGACAGCUUGAGAUCACCGGCCGUGCGACCACCGAUGAUGAACUCGAGGCUAUGCUGGAGCAAGACAAUCCCGCUGUAUUCACACAAGGGAUAAUAAUGGAGACACAACAGGCGAAGCAAACCCUGGCGGAUAUCGAAGCGCGACAUGCUGAUAUUAUCAAGUUAGAAACAUCGAUCCGCGAGCUACACGACAUGUUCAUGGACAUGGCUAUGCUCGUCGAAAGUCAGGGUGAGAUGAUCGACCGCAUUGAGUAUCAUGUAGAGCACGCUGUGGACUAUGUCCAAACUGCCACACAAGACACAAAGAAGGCCCUUAAAUAUCAGAGCAAAGCUCGACGGGACAGUGAAGCAAUGAAACAGAUAAUGCAACAAUUUGGUGCCUGCAUCCCGUCUGGCAAUCAACACCUGUCUGCCGAAUUCAUCACUAACAUACGCUCUUAUUAUUUAUCGUUAGAAUUUUUAUUAAUAAGGUUCAAAUUAUAUUAUAUUAUCAUCUGAAUUAUAUCGUCCCGUCUGGGGCAGUGUUUAGCUGUUAUCUUGUUGAAUUUUGGUCAUUAUCAAGUAAUCAUUGACCGCUAAUUAUUCCGUAAAUGUUGCUAGCAAAAAUAUAGUUAUCUAUUUAAUCGUUAUUUUUUUUAUUAUUGUAUUAUGCAACCUUUUUACUCACUUAUAAUACUUAUAAGAUAUAUGAUGAUUUUAUUUUAAAAUUUCAAAGUGUAGUGAAAUUUUUUUUUAAAUAGUUUUUAGUAACUUAAAUUGUGUUAUUGUAAAUACGAGUACCGUGCUCCGUUCGUGUUAUCAAAAACAUCUUGAUUUUAAGUUUUUAAUAUUUUUAAAAGGUUGCAAAAAUUAUUCUUCAUUCAAACAUUUUAUAAACAGUUAACCAUGAAUAUUAUAUCUAGAAGGUACAGAACAUGUUUAAGUAGUUCUUGUAUAACGAUAUUUAAACAAUACUCUCAAACCGUACUCCGUAUCAAGCUCCUAGUUUACUUGCCUUCAAUAAACAACAUAUUGCCUGAGGAAUUAGUCGUAAUACGUUUAUAUAAUAAGUAAAAAGUUGGUUAAACUGAUUGAAAGCUUCGCGGUUAGUAGCGAGUUCAGACAUGGUAUGUCGGUCCAUACCUGUGAUACAAUCUUUAAUAUCCAUUAACAACUACAUUAUAAUAAUCGUCAUUAAAUUAAUUACAAUCAGUAUUUUGAAAUUGUGUAGUGGCGAAGAUUGGGUGCCACGGUUUUUCGAGUUCAGACUGCGAAUGAUUUCUUACGGGAAGUCACGAGUAAGUAUCGAAGAGUAUAUUGGAUUAUCGGUGUACGCGAACGAUACAUAGGGCACGCGAUUGGAAUGACGGUAAGGCGGCGGGAGAUGAUCAAACGAAACAAUAUUUGUACUCCCAAUAAAAUAAAAAAUCAAAAUAAACGUUAUUCUCUUUUACGUGAUUGGAUAGAUCGUGGAAGUUGUUUGAUUUUCCGAAUAGUACAACUGUUCUGAACGAUCUUCGUUACAGAUAAAAUAUAUCAAUAUUUCGAUUAUUCGUUGAUGUAUCCGCGGUGUAAAUGGCGCUCGAUGAUUGGUCGACAAAAGGUCCGCAGUGUGAUCGUCGCUCCAUUAUUGGUCGAUGCCAUGCCCGCAGUGUAAUCGUUGCUCCCGCGGCCAACCGUAAAAAAAGCAUAUCGUGCCGCGUGCCGUCGCCGUAGCAAUAAUGAUGUUCGACUACAAUUUGUAAAAUUGUUUUAAAACUUUCGAAUGUGUGAUAGUAGAUGCAGUUGUUGUUUAGUUAAUUCUAACAUGUAAUAAUAAUUAUAAAUUAAUUGUUAUCGUGAGUGUAACAUUUAUUAUCAUGUAAGAUUUCAUUAUAGUGAAUAUGGUCACUCUUGAUGCUUACGUACGAUCAGAUAUAGACGAACGGAUGGGAAGACGUUUGUGUUUUCUUUGUUUUACUUAACAUUUAAGAUGCUCUUCGUUGUACAGUAAAACAUAAUGUAGCAGUUUUAGCUAGGGUAAAUUUUUUAAUAAAUUAAAAUUACCGAGUCUUCAGCAAUAUAAGUGUAGCAUAUCGAGCAGUUUUCUUUUUAAAACCGAACACAUUAGAAAACGACUUCUCGAAAAUUUAAGCACUAAAAUGUUACAGUUAUUAGCGUUUUCCUAAUAUAAUAAUAAUAAUAAUAUAUUUGCGUGAAUAAUAAAAUAUAUUAUAGUGAGAUUUCCGAGGCGUGCUGUUAAUAUAAAACAUUUCGAGGUGUGAUGGGGACCGGGCGGUAAAUAACGGUACUAAAUAACCCGAACCCCGUCGCGUCCUCGAGUCAAAUAGUGACCUAUGUUCGGUCGCAUAUAUAAGGAAAUGAAGCAAUGUUAAUUUAAACAUUAAUAGCAUAAUUAGAUUUUUAUCCUUAAGAGUAGGAUUUCAUCUAGUUGCCUUCGUAAUAGUAGAGAAAUUAGGUGAUACCUUUUUCUCGUUAGCUUUAUUAUAAAGUGGUGAGGCCAGUCGCAGGUCUCUAUCCGCCAGUCAAUUGUCUCGCUUGUCGCGCCGGACGCGUCGUGCGCCCGCUUCUCACCGCUGUUUCCUCUAUCGUGUACGUGUAUUUACAUCGCAUUCAAUCUAGCUAGAUGCAUCGUCUCAUCGUAUCUAGGCUAAGUAUAACAAUGGCCUCGGAGCGGGGCCGUGUACCUGACACCAAUCUAACAUUAAUGAAUUUAGUGAAACUCAAUGCGCCCGUGCGCGCAAUAUUACGCUUUUAUGCAAACGUACUUUCGCACAAGUCACUCGAACGGUGCGGAAGCUGCCGUUUCUUGAUUCGAUCCGGUUGAUCCUGUACUCAUUUGUAAUAUAUUUUAGAGGUAGUCGAAACACAAAUUCUAGUCAGCUUUCAUUGAUCUCUAUUAUUCCGAUAAUCUUAAUCGUAAUUACUGUUAUAUUCUUCUGUUACUAGUGUAUACUGUAAGUGAGGUUCUCGUGUUCAAACGCCGACAGCGGGAAUCGCACGCGCCUGCGGCCCAUCCCGCGGGCUACUCUUCAGAGUCUGACCAGGUCGCUUUCGAUUCCCGCCUGCCAGAUAUAUAUAUGCGUUCUAAUCAAUCUUAAUAAUAUUAUAACGCAUAGAUAUUUUCAUAAUCAAUAGUAUGCAUAUUGUUAUUGGAUUGCUAAUUUUGUAUACCUACGUACACAAUUAGUAUAGUUUAUAUACUUAUGUGUCAAUUCUUAUAGCGUUUUAUUACAUUAACAGAAAAUAGAUAGUAAGUGUUAAAUUAAUCCGACUAACAAUGUUGUUUAUCAAGCUAUUUUAAACUAAUUAUGUUAUAUUUUUGUUUAUUAAAUAAAAUCAUUGUUUUAAUGAAGUAUGGGUUACAUUGGAUUAUCAAAGAUAUGCAGUCUUUAUAUUGUGUAACAAAUAUCUACAUAAUCAUAAGUAUGUAAUUGUAUUUAUCUAAUUCGAAUUGGUAGCCCUUUUAAAAGACUUGAAAUCGUAAUUCUUCUAAAAUAAUGUUCUUGCUUUGUGAAUUUAUCAGACAACGAACACAUUCCAAGUAUUAUAUGUAAUAUAAGCAUAUCUGUAAUAACAAAUUCACUUUCAAAUUUGCAAUUAAAUCAUUCGUGAAUCGAUCGUGAUGAUAAUGCCAUUCCACUUUGCUAUUUAUAUUUCUGAUAUUUAAAUUUGAACAUUAAUGUGUGGGAAAUCUUUGUGGAUUUGUCCAUUGGGCAAAAGGGUUUCGUCUACGUUAAGAUGUAGACUCUUGAUCAUAGAACCCUAAUGCCUAACAGUAGAGUCGCUAGACAAGAAUUCGUAGUUUAAACUCUUCACAAAACUCGAAAGUUCGCGCUUCGUUCUUUUGACGUAUUGAUGUUGCUUGCCGUUAAAUAAUGUCAAACAUUGAAAUUAAAUAAAAAGUAUAUAAUAAUUAAACCGUGUUAUUUUGUACAUGUUUAGUCGAAAUUGUUAAAAUAGUUUAGUUCUUAGUUUUUAUGUUUAUAUAUUUAUAUUAUGUAAAAAAGUAAAUACUUAUAUGAUUGAAAUAUCCCCCUUUAUGGCAAAUUUCUUGUAAUCUUGUAAAGGAAUAUUUAUUACCGUUCAAAAGUAAUGUAUUAACGAAUUAACAGUGAGGUUCUGGAUACACGUUGUAAAAUUCAAGUUAGAUUGGUUUUAUAGUCAUUCUGUAUGUAGGUUAUCAAUCUGAAAUUUUCUCAUAAUUAUAAAAUAAACGGUGUUUUCUGCUGUGAA